AGCGCGGUAGUGACAGCUCUGAUUAUUUCGAUUCCCUGACGGAGCUUGCUUGUCAAACGAAAAUUCGCUCCGGCUCCCUCGUAUCUGUUAUCGUCGGUUUGUUACGCACGAUCGUUAUUCCGGCGUGCGGCAGGAAAUAUGAUAAUUACCCGUAUAAUUUAGACCGCGCCGUUUGAUAAUAUAACAUGCUGUUAAUAUAUGAUAAGCUGCGCACGUCUGCAGACUGCUUUAACGUAAAACUCGCCGGGCUAAUAAUCGUCAACGGAUCGCAAAGGGAUUCACGAUUGCGAGGAAGCGCUAAAAGUGAUACAUGUGUCAUAGAAUAAUUUAACAAUAUCUCUGCUUGGCCUCUACAAGUGUUUCAUUUUGUUUUCACGAGUGCUAAAAACCAACUAAUAUGACUGGAAUAUAUCACUUGGGAUUAUAUUUAUUGCUAUUGGAAAGUUGCAUUGGCAGUUAUCCCAGAUGGGACAUGCAACUGCUGUGCUCGGAUUUAUAUCCGCGAGUUUUCACAAGUUAUUUACCUCGUGGCAAUUUAACCGGUGGAACUUAUACACAACAAAUUCACUUGUCCAAUAUACAGGACUGUGUUACGGCCUGUUGUAAGAAACAUCUGUGUAAUGUAGCAUUCUUGCAUAAUGGUACAUGUUAUCAUGUAGAAUGUGAUAAUUCCAUGGUGUGUGUACCAUUGUACAGACCAGAAUUAGCAAACGAUAAUCCACCAAGCAUGGUACUGGUUAGACCUGUGGAGAAUAACAAAAUGUGGAGUGAUUUCUUAGAUCAAGUUAAUGAUGACACUAUUGGGACACUGAGUACAGAUGGCACAGAACAGGAUCAAAUGUUAUUUAAUGAAGCAAACAAAAUCAGUUGUAUAGAUCAAUCAGGUUGUCUAGAUAAUGAAAUUUGUGUAAAACAUGAAGAGACUGAUGUUGGAACUUGUCAAUGUCCUUUAGGCUUUAAACGAAACAUUGCUGGUACUUGUAUAAUGAUGCAUGAAAUAGAAACUGCUGAAAUUGGUGUAACUCCAGAAGCAAAAGCUCAAACUAUAAAAGAUACUACUACAUCAAUUAAACCAACUAUGAAACAAUUAUUAGUCUCAGCAGUUUCUAAAGAAGUAAGAUUACCAGAAAAUGAAGUUACAUUGUCCGCAUAUACAGUUCCUGCUGAACGGGGAAACCAACAUUAUAAUUAUGCUUGGAGUUUGCUUAGUCAACCAGAAGGACAUACUGGAACAAUGACAGAUCAGAAUCGUAUUACUGUUAAAUUAAGUAAUUUAUCAGAAGGCUUAUAUACAUUUAAAGUAGCUGUAAGCAGUCCAAAUGCCUAUGGAGAAGCUUAUGCCAAUGUCAGUGUUUUACCUCCAAAACGUAUCAACCAAGCACCUAUUGCUAUAAUUACUCCUGCUUCUCAAAUUGUAAAACUACCAAAUACAGGCGCGGUUUUAGAUGGUUCGAAUAGUAAGGAUGAUGAUCGUGUCAUCUCUUAUCAUUGGGAAUUGCAACAAGGUCCAAUUGGAUAUCAGCCCAACCUUGUAGAUACACCUACGCUUCAACUUAAUAAUCUUAUUGCUGGCAAUUAUACGUUCAAAUUAACAGUCGAAGAUUCAGAUCAUGUUACAAAUUCGACAAGUGCCAAUAUAACUGUUUUGAAAGUGACCGACUAUCCUCCUAGUGCAAAUGCAGGACAAAAUGUUAUCAUUUAUCUACCUCAAAAUACACUGACGCUUAAUGGUAAUCUAAGUACCGACGAUCGAGGAAUAGCCAGUUGGGAAUGGACGAAAAGUCCGUCCGAUCAGAAUAAAGCAGUGGAUAUGCAAAACACAAGAACACCUUACUUACAAUUAUCAAAUUUAGAGGAAGGAAUGUAUACAUUUGUACUUAAAGUAACAGAUGACUCGGAGCAAUCUUCCACGGCGGAAGUACAUGUAUUCGUAAAACCUCCAACAAAUAAACCGCCAAAAGCUGAUGCAGGUGAAGAUAUAAGCAUAGCAUUGCCAGUAACACAUGCUGUUCUAAAUGGUACAAGAAGUAAGGAUGAUAUAAAGAUUGUUUUAUAUCAUUGGGAGCAAAUAAGUGGACCUAAUAAUGCAGAAUUCACCACAGUCAAUGAAUCUAUUACAAAUAUUACAAAACUGACAAAGGGCGAUUAUAUAUUCAAACUGACUGUUGUUGAUGAUAAUGGAAAUGCAGAUUCAGAUACAGUUAGUGUGAAGGUAACACAAAAUAAAAACGCACCUCCGAAAGCGAAUGCCGGUGGCGAUCAAAUUGUAACAGCGCCGAUCAGUGCAUUAAUUAUCAAUGGUUCACAAUCGAAUGAUGAUCUAAGGAUAGGACAAUGGCUGUGGACCAGAGAUCAAUCUAGUCUUGCAAUUGGUACUAUAAUUCAGGAUACGGACAAAUCACCAGUCUUAAUGCUAACAGAUGUAGUUCCUGGCCGUUAUGUUUUUCGAUUAAAAGUAACAGAUGAUCAGGGUUUGAGCAGUGAAGAUACUGUGUCAGUAAUUGUAAAACCUGAUCCACAAUUAUUACAUUUAGUAGAACUAACACUAAACAUUGGGGCUAGCAUGCUAACUGUUUCACAGAAAAAUUCAUUAGUAGUGAAACUGCAGAUGUUAUUACGAGACGAGGCUUCGAUUGUCGUACGAAAUUUGAGGGCCGAACCUCAUACUGGAAAAGCCGUAUUAAUAUUUUAUGUUGAAAAGAAGGGAGGAAAGACUACAUUACCAGGUCCAGAAGUAGUUAAGAGACUGAAAGAAAAAUUACUACAAGAUUCUGGUCUUUUACAAUUGUCAGUGGCUAACAUAGAUACUGCUGUAUGUCAGAACAAUUGUUCAGGUCAUGGUGUAUGUCAUCAAGAGACAAGACAAUGUCUAUGUGAAGCAUUUUGGAUGCAGAACUUAAUACAAAAAUAUUUUGGUAAUGGCGACUCUAAUUGUGAUUGGAGUAUUUUGUAUGUGAUAAUAGCAUUGCUAUCAUUAAUUGUAUGUUGGGUUGGGCUUAUUUGGGGAUUUGUUUGCUUAUGCCAAAGAAUAUACGCCGGCAGAAGACGUUCACUUCGGCCUAAGAAAAAACCAGCACGUUAUUCUUUACUACAACCAGAACCAGAAGAUGACAGCAGCGCAUUUUCAACUUAUAAUAAGAUGGUGUUAUCAGAAUCCGAUACCGAUUCUGAUGACGUCUUAUUUGAGCAUCGUAAGAGUAAAAGUGGCAGUCAUAUAAGAAAUGGUAAAUCUCAAAAUGGAUUUAUUAAAGUUGGCCCUCGAGUAAAGACAUGAGAAGUGCAAUGGUAACAAAGAUGCAAAGAUAAAUAGCGCACAAUCGUGUGAGUUUGGCCAAACUUAAAACUACUAGUCAUGAACUUUCAUGGUGUAAAUUGUGACUUAUGCACCUUAUAUGAACGAUAUAUUGUCUCUCCAAGAUCGGUAUUGGUAAGAAUGUUCUAAGAAAGUAGAUGAAGUCUAUCUAAGUAUAUUAUUUAUAGAUAUGCGAAAAUAAUAAUUCACUCUUCGUCACGUUACUUAAUUCUAAUCUUAAGUAUUAAUUCUAUUCUGUACCUUUAUUAUUGUGAUUCUAAUAGCGCCAAUAAUUGGUGACAUGACGAUACAAGGUCGCAUAUCGUCAAACUCGAGAGCUUGUCCAAGUAUUAUAUUAUGGCCUUAGAAAAUAUUUAAAUUUUAAAAUUGAUAUGUAAACACCUAUUAUAUCUAUAUGUCGUUUAUAUGUACUGCUUACUCUUUAAUAUGUACAUUAUCAAUCUUAUUUUUACACUAUAUGGAUACUAAAUAAAAU